CAGUAUUCAAUACUAACGUGUCUAACAGUGCGUGUCCAAUCGAGUGGUGUCCAAUAGUUACGUGUUUAAACGGGAUAUGCCCCUACUCUCUUUCAGCUCGUUAUCAACCGGUCUAAAUUCCAUGGCAGCCGUGGUGCUCGAAGACUUUGUUAAGCCUUUUAAAAAGACUCCUUUUACACGUAGAAGUGCCGACAUCUUUAUGAAGCUGACAGUUAUCGUUUUAGGAACAAUCUGUGUUGCUCUCGUUUACAUCGUUGAACAAGCAGGCACUCAUAUGUUACAGUUAUCCAUAAGUCUAGGCUCUGUCACCAGUGGACCAUCCUUUGGUAUUUUCAACAUGGGAAUGUUAUUACCAUGGAUUAAUGGUAAGGGUGCUCUAAUCGGAGGAAUUGCAGGUUUGAGUUUCAUGGGUUGGCUUUGUCUAUCUGCUGAAGCAGCUAUCACUAAUGGAAAAAUUAAAUUUGAUAUGAAACCUGUUACCACGGAGGGAUGCACCUAUUCAUUCCCACAAGUAGAGAAUUUACUGUUAUCUGCACCACCAGAUUCAAUUUUGGACAACAUUGAAGAAGAACCAUGGGCAUUAUAUCGUAUCAGUUACCUUUGGUAUACCAUGACUGGAGCCAUAGUGACUAUGAGUGUUAGUCUCAUCGUAACUCUGAUUACCUCCGAAGAUGUUGAAAAAUUAGAUCCGAUGCUUGUAGCACCAUUUGUAAGAAAAUAUUUAAAGAAUUCGAGGAAAGAUGUUGCUUCCAAGGAACUUCAUCAAAUCAAGGUUGCAAAUUUGAAUGAAAAAGUGGCGUCUUGUACUAUCAAUGAGGAUGAUAAAUUAUUAUCAGGAGGAACUUCGACAUGAUGUAAUAAAUAAAUUAUUAUUAUUAUAAAUUUUAGUGCUCGGAAUUUGUUAAAAAUAGAACAUGAUUUUGUAGUUCAAUAACACUGAUUUAUAUAUUAAAGUCAAAGUCGUACUGACAAUGAAUUAUUAAGAGAA